AUUUUAAAACUUAUGUAAUGUUAAGUGUAUCUGGAUGAAAUCGAAAUAUGAACAAACCUAAGAAAUUUGAUACUGUAAAGAAAUUGUCAUCAUUAUUCAAGCUUGAUCCAUGUAUAGGAUCUGAUGGAUUGUUGAGAAUUGGGGAGGACUGAAAGAUUCAAGUUUGCCCGGAGAAUUGAAGCAUCCUGUUAUAUUGCCCAAGUCUCAUCAUAUUACAACUCUGAUAACCAAGCAUUAUCAUGAACUCGUGAAACAUCAAGGACGUGGAAUUACACUCAAUGAAAUAAGAUCUGCUGGAUUUUGGAUAGUUUCUGGCAUUGCUGCUGUCUCAAGUUUCAUACAUCACUGCACAAAAUGUAGGAGACUUAGAGGAACAUUUCAAGAACAGAAAAUGGCUGAUUUACCAAAAGACAGAAUGGAUGAUAGUCCAUGUUUUUCAUUUUGUGCUACAGAUUUAUUUGGCCCCUUCAUUAUCAAAGAAAGGAGAAAAGAACUCAAGAGAUAUGGAGUUUUAUUUACAUGUAUGGCAUCGCGUGCUGUUCGUGUUGAAAUCGCCCCAAGUUUAGAAACCGACAGCUUUAUAAAUGCUCUAAGAAGAUUUAUUUGCAGAAAUGGGCCAAUCAGACAACUGAGAUGUGACCGUGGAACCAACAUGGUUGGAGCAUCAAGAGAAUUAAAAGAGGGUCUACAGGCAAUGAAUCAUUCAAAAAUUCAAGAAGUUUUACUUCGAGAAAAUUGUGAUUAUUUCCCAUUCAAGUUCAAUGUCAGCGCUGCAAGUUAUCAGGGAGGUGUUUGGGAACGUCAAAUUCGUAGUAUUAGAGCAGUUCUUUCAUCCAUCCUGGAAAAGAAUGGAAGGCAACUAGAUGAGGAUUCUCUUCGCACUCUGAUGGCAGAGGCUGAAGCAGUUGUCAAUGGACGUCCUCUAGUUGUGGAUAAUUUGUCAUGUCCUGAUUCACCACUGCCUCUGACGCCUAAUCAUUUGUUGACUGCGAAGACAAGACUUGUAUUACCACCACCAGGUGUAUUUGGAAGGGAAGAUUUGUACUCGCGUAAAAGAUGGAGGAGAGUACAGCAUUUAGCCAAUGAAUUUUGGAUUCGAUUUCGUAAAGAAUAUUUACAAUCACUCCAAGUUCGUCAAAAGUGGAACAAAGUUCAACGUGACCUCAAAAUUGGUGAUAUUGUCAUAGUCGUUGACGAAAAUACACCAAGAAAUCAGUGGAAGAUGGCAAGAAUUGUUGAUGUCUAUCCCGAUGCAGAUGGUCAUGUUCGAAGAGUUCGAGUUCACAUAGGAGAUUCAACACUCGAUGAGAGAGGAAAGCGUAUAAAGGAUGUUCUCUUUCUUGAUCGUCCAAUCCAAAAGUUGAUUCUUUUCUUGGAGAGUGGAGAUACGGGAGAAGAUUCCCGACGAGGGAGCCAGAAAUAGACAUUGUGAAAUUGUAAUUUUAUUUUAGUAUAGAAAUAGCAUUUCUAGGGGAGCCAUGUAAAUGAUGGCUCAGCCGUCAUUUUAUUUAUUGCCCUUUGUCGCCUCAUUGUGGUACUUUAGAUUGUUGCGCAAGUUUGUCUCGUGGUUGCGCCAUUUUCAGGAUUUUGUUGAACAGGCUGACAGGGUUUGUGCUUCUCUGAUUUGGUCUAAUAUAUUAUUCUUUUCCAUACAGUUAAGAUUGUUUAAAUGUUAAAUAUUGAAGUACCUGCUUGUUUGUGAUAUUAUUAGCCGAAAAAAUCGUUUACACACUUCUUCAAUUCAUUGAGACUUUAUAUUGGAACAUUUCAUCAGUCCACUGAGACACUAUUUUGGAACGCUUCAUAACAUCUAAGUUAUUUCAUUUGGUCAUUUUUGAACACGAUUUGGAAGUAACAUCAAAA